GCCUCGGGGUGCAUUUGGAGGUUAUAGCGAGGAUCGGGUUUCGGGUUUCUGUUCGUGGCUCGUGGGUUACCGCGCGGGCGGCAUAGAUCGGCGACGGCAGACGCGUUUCGUCGUUGCGGGCGGAAGGACGCGCGAAGAUCAAAGGCUUCGAGCUCGAGCACGGGUGGCGGCGCAUCUAACCGCAGCCAUCGUAUACGUGAAUGCACGUGAACUCGGGGGACCGCUCACUGCACGUUUUUUACGUACGGCACAAAGUGGACUCAAUGUCGAUAAUAUGUCGGCUACGAGCAACGUUAGGACGACGCGGAUGCACAGGAUGGCCCGUCGGGCCGUUUGACGAUUAUUUAUGAAUCCACGGGAAGAUCUGAGGAGAGGGUGUCCACGGUGCAACAACAACAACAACAUGGUGAAGGAAAAGGCGAAUUCGAUCCGCAUCUACGACUCUGAGGGCUACCGACGCAGGGCCGCCUGUAUCUGCGUCAAGAGCGAUCUCGAGGACGAGGUACUACUAGUUACAUCCAGUCGAAGACCCGACAGUUGGAUAGUACCAGGUGGCGGCGUCGAACCCGAGGAAGAACCAGCGGUCACGGCUCUUCGCGAGGUCCGGGAGGAGGCUGGCGUUCUAGGACAGUUAGGCCGUUGCCUCGGCACAUUUGAGGUUAUAACUCGUGAUAACACGGAGCACAAACACCGAACGGAAGUGUGGGUUAUGCGAGUGACCGAGGAGCUGCCGGAAUGGGAGGACUCGCGCGCUAUCGGCCGGAAGCGAAAGUGGUUCACCAUACCGGAGGCCCUGCUGCAGCUUGGUCAACACAAGCCCGUCCAGCGCUCUUACCUGCAUAGUCUCCACAAUACCAAUCCACGACAUAAUCCCACUUCUCAGCUGUCCAAUCAUUCGCACUCCACGAUGGCGUCUAUCGAACUAAUGAAUAACUCUAGCAACAAUACCCACUUGAGCGAACACAGCUAAUAUCAUCGCGGAUCAAGCUCGGUAUUUUUUUUUCUUUAAUCCAAAAUUCGACCGCCAUGGGUUCCCUCCGAGCAAAACUCGCUGUUACUUCUCCUUUCUUCUCCUUAAGGAACUCCACUAUACAACUACUGUUGUGUUUUAUAUAUAUAAAUUGAUAUCUAUGUGCUUAUCUUUAUUAUUAUAUCCUUAGGUUAAUUGCUACGAUUAUUAUUACGUUUAGUCUUAGAUUGUUGAUAAAUCGGUUCGUGAAGGAGCACUUAUAUAUAUUUUUUUUUUCUGUAACCAAAUUCUUAUUUCUAAUGUGACUUUUUAUCGAACGCGCGAGAAGAGUGAUUAAGUCAAUUAUUUUACUGUCAUUAUUAUUUUAGUGUUUGUGCCUAAUAUACGUAGAAUGCCAUACACGUGAUCCUGUUUCCACGUAUCGCAUAUCCUGACUAUAUAGCUGCGCGAACUUUUUCUACAUUUUUGUCGGGGUGAAGGAAAAGUUGCGUUGUACUUGUUAAUAUACGGACGAUAAAAUUAUGUACUUUGUAUAUUAACUUCUUGAAUAAAUUUUGUAAUGAUUUCUGCGAAUUA